UAAAAAUCUAAUUACUCUUUCUUUUUUUUUUUUUUUGGUUAUUCGGCAAAUAAACCCUAAAUAAAGAGCGAGGCUUUAAAAUAAAACUCGAAAAUCUUUGGCAAAGUCAAAAUCACCGGACGUUCUUCUUCUCCGAUUCGGUGCCAUCAGCGCCCAGAACUUGGAUACGAUCUCUCAUCUCUAUACGCUAUGGGAUGUGCUGCUUCUCUUCCAGACAGGAACUCUGGAGCCUUAAACGGUCUUAGCAGCUCAGAGAAUGCAGAUGCUAAGAAUCUACGCGUAAAGUUAGUUCUGUUAGGAGACUCUGGCGUGGGUAAAAGCUGUAUUGUCCUUCGGUUUGUCCGUGGUGAGUUUGAUACAACAUCUAAGGUGACUGUUGGAGCGUCGUUCUUGUCCCAGACAAUAGCCUUGCAAGACUCUACCACGGUGAAGUUUGAAAUAUGGGAUACAGCAGGGCAAGAGAGGUAUUCUGCUCUUGCGCCACUAUACUACCGUGGAGCUGCAGUUGCUGUCAUUGUGUAUGAUAUAACAAGCCCUGAAUCUUUUAAGAAAGCUCAGUAUUGGGUUAAGGAACUGCAAAAGCAUGGAGCUCCGGAUAUUGUUAUGGCUUUGGUUGGUAACAAAGCUGAUCUACAUGAAAAAAGAGAAGUACUAACCGAUGAUGGUAUGGAGCUUGCAGAGAAGAAUGGCAUGUUCUUUAUUGAGACGUCUGCCAAGACAGCAGAUAACAUAAACCAACUGUUUGAGGAAAUUGGCAAGAGGCUACCUCGUCCUUCUCCUUCAUCAUGAUUUGGAAUGUUGGAUCAUCGUCAGGGAAAUUCCAACACUCUUGCCCCGACUAUACUAAACGUUUCAUACUUUCAUGUAAUGUUUAAACGGUGUUGUAUAAUGUGAAGACUUGAGAUUGGAGUAAAUGAACCAGUAAAGUGGAAAGCCAAAUUAAGCAACUUUGGGGAUCA